GGACAUGAAGCCGCACGUCUUCGUCCUGCUCUGGACCUCGGUCGCCCUCUCACACCAGGACGCGGAAGCGAAGGAUGAGUGUGUGUGUGAUCUGCUCAACAUAGAGCGCUCCUUCCCUCACGAGCAGUUCGCCUCGCUGAGGAGCGCCGCCGCCACCUGCGCCAGCAAGUUGAGCCCUCAGCAGGCCGUGCAGAUGGACAGCCUGCUGCUGGGCCUGGAGCGCCGCCUGCCGCAGCUGCUGGGGGACAUGGCCACGCUGGAGGCCGAGGACGACGGCGACCUGUACGGACUGCUCAGCCUCAUCCUCAUCCACAACGAGCUGCAGGAGCUGCAGCAGCUGGUGGACCAGCUCAACAGCACCACCACGGGCAGCCAGCGCCUCAUCACCGACACCGGCCAGCAGCUGCAGGAACUGACCACGGAGCUGAAGACUCUGGAGCAGUUCGACACCGAGAAUCAGGUGAGGAGGCAGAGCGACAACGAGCGGCUGAAGAGAGACCUGGAGCAGUGCAGGAACGGCCACCUGCCGCCCACAGCGCCCCCUGCAGGCGCGGCGGCCACAUGUCCUCACGGCCACUUCUUCAACGUCUCCACCGCCAAAAUCCAGACGGCGGGGGAGUACCCAGGCUCCUACAAGGUGGGCGCGUGGGGUCGCGACCCCAGGCCCCAGGAGGGGAAGGAGAGCUGGUACUGGCUGGUCCCCAUGACCUCCAGCAACAAGUACGCCAACUACGUGCGGCAGUACUCCAGCCUGAGCUCCCUGACGGUGGGCGUCAGCAUCCCUGGAAACGUCCAGAUUCACGCCUCCAACCCAACCACCAACACCAUCCAGGGUCCCAAUGUGGUCCUGUUCGCCGGCGCCCUCUACUACAACUGCUACAACCAGGGCACCGUCUGCAGGCUGGACCUCGUCACCAAAGACAUCUCCACCGUCAGGCUGCCGGAGGACACCAGGUACAACUCCAAAGCGAACUUCUGCCACCUGGACGAGUGCUACCAACACACCGACCUGGACCUGGCCACCGAUGAGUCGGGGGUCUGGGUGGUCUACACCACCAAACAGCACUUUGGCAACAUGGUGCUGUCCAAGGUGGAGGCAGGCCAGCCGCCGGCGCUGGGCCGCACCUGGGUCACCUCCGUGUUCAAGCAGAGCGUGAGCAACACCUUCGUGGUGUGCGGUGUCCUCUACGCCACGCGCUACGUGGACAAGCACCUGGAGGAGAUCUUCUACUCGUACGACACGGCGACCGGAGCGGAGAACUUCCACGUGGGGAUCUUCAUCCAGAAGCUGUCCACCAACAUCUUCUUCCUCAACUACAGCCCCAUGGACCGGAUGCUUCACGCCUACUGCGACGGCAACAUGGUGGCCUACAGGGCUCUGUUCCAACGGGACGGGAUCCAGGAGCAGGACACCGAGGAGUUGCAGUGAGGCGAGAGGCGGAAAUAAAGUGGCAAAGAAAAACCCGUGGUCUGAGGUCAAACGUGAGCCGUGACGGAGCCAGGGAGGGAGGGAGGCGGGCGUGGAACACGUACUCUUUAUUAGUCACUGUUACACAGACAGAAUGAAACUUUACAUCUGCACAUCGGAACGACGAAGCGGCCGGAGUCUAGAGUGGCGAACACAAACAAGCUCGUCGGGAAGACUCACAAUAUGAAACCCCAAGAGAAACCAUAACAACUUAUUGCUGAAAUACAAAUCAUCAUGGCAGUAAGAGGGUGGGCCCAUCACAUGUGGGACCGGGAGGAGGAACCGGGCCCAUCGGCCCGGCGCAAACCAAAGGUAUC